GGAGGUGGGGGGGAUUUCAGCGGGUGUCAUUUACAAGGGACGUUUGGGGACUGUGGCUGCAGGAGGCAGGAAAGAAAAAGAGUGGGGUGCUGGGCUGCUCCUCUCUGCUGGGCACUGCUGCUCCGGUAGAUGUUUCCCUGUUGUUUGGUGCAUGAUUUAGAGAAGAGGAGGAGUUGGAACCAGCGAGUGGCAGAGGCAGGAGCUAGGGGGGUUUGCGCUGCUGCUGCUGGGGGGGCCCUUUCUCUGCCUCUCUUCCUCCCCGGGUGUAGCAUCUAGAGCUCUGCUGUCCCCGGGCGGGGGCUCGCAGGCAGAGGGCGCGUGCCUCCCUCGCUCCGUGGUGUGUGUGUGUUUUCGGGGGGUGGGGGUUGUGUCUGAACCAGUUAGGAAGAAUGACUCUGGAGUCCAUCAUGGCGUGCUGCCUGAGCGAGGAAGCCAAAGAAGCCAGGCGGAUCAACGAUGAGAUCGAGAGGCAGCUCCGCCGGGACAAGCGGGACGCCCGCCGGGAGCUCAAGCUGCUGCUGCUGGGUACGGGAGAAAGUGGCAAAAGCACAUUCAUCAAACAGAUGAGAAUCAUCCAUGGAUCAGGAUACUCUGACGAAGACAAAAGGGGUUUCACAAAACUCGUGUAUCAGAAUAUAUUUACAGCAAUGCAAGCUAUGAUCAGAGCUAUGGAUACACUCAAAAUCCCAUACAAAUAUGAACACAAUAAGGCCCAUGCACAGUUAGUUCGAGAAGUUGAUAUAGAGAAGGUAUCAGCAUUUGAGAAUCCCUACGUAGAUGCAAUAAAGAGUUUAUGGAAUGACCCUGGGAUCCAAGAGUGUUAUGACAGACGGCGGGAAUAUCAGCUAUCGGACUCAACUAAAUACUAUCUUAACGACCUGGACCGUAUAGCAGAACCUGCCUAUCUGCCCACCCAACAAGAUGUGCUUAGAGUUCGAGUCCCAACAACAGGGAUCAUUGAAUAUCCAUUCGACUUACAAAGCGUCAUUUUCAGAAUGGUGGAUGUAGGAGGCCAACGAUCAGAAAGAAGAAAAUGGAUACAUUGCUUUGAAAAUGUCACAUCUAUCAUGUUUCUAGUAGCCCUUAGUGAAUAUGAUCAAGUACUUGUGGAGUCGGACAAUGAGAACCGAAUGGAGGAAAGCAAAGCACUGUUUAGGACAAUUAUCACAUAUCCGUGGUUCCAGAACUCUUCGGUCAUUCUGUUCUUAAAUAAAAAAGAUCUUCUAGAGGAGAAAAUUAUGUACUCCCAUCUAGUUGACUAUUUCCCAGAGUAUGAUGGACCCCAGCGAGAUGCACAGGCGGCACGAGAGUUCAUUUUGAAGAUGUUCGUGGACCUGAAUCCAGACAGCGAUAAAAUUAUCUACUCUCACUUCACAUGUGCUACAGACACAGAGAAUAUCCGCUUCGUCUUUGCUGCUGUCAAGGACACUAUCCUACAGUUAAACCUGAAGGAGUACAACCUGGUCUAACUGUGCCUAGUAGGCCCCCCAAAAUUCCCUUUGGGCAAUUGAAGAUAUACAAGAGGGACUGUAUUAUCUGUGAAAACGACUUGCAUAAUACUAAUUUAUUGCCGGCCUGGACUCUGUGAAUGUUCACAGAGUUUGUAGUAAAUAUUAUGAUUUUAUUUAAACUAUAUUGAGGAAAAACAAAAGAUGCUGAAAUACAUUCACAGCAUGUUUCCUCAUUUUUUUAGGCAAAACCUUGUGACUCAAUGUGUUUUAAAUUCUCAGUCAUGCACUCAUAAAGGAUAGGGGUUUUUUUGCUAUUGAGGGAAAAUCAAGCUGGUUUCCCCUUUCCCUGACUCUUUCUUUCUCACUCUCUCCCCUUUCCUCCACUGCAUUUUAUUAUUGUUUUCAAAGGUACAAUGGCCUUUUUUUUCAGUUGCAUUCCUUGGCAAACUGUUUUCUCUACAGUGAUCUGAUCAGGAAAAUACUAUCAUCACAAUUUAAGCCAUCAAUCAUUCUAAUUUUACAGUAUGUACUUUUUCUGAAAGAUCAAAAGUAUUGAUACUGUGAUUUUAAAAUUCUUGACAUGGAUAUUUUGCAAACUGUCUUCACACUGUGGGCUAGGAUAUUGGGAUCAAAAACAGCAGUUGUAGUAACAUGGAUUUUAACUUUAGCUAUAACGUGGCAAAUCAGAACGAUUCAUAGAAGACAGUAAUGAAAUGACUAAGGCAAAAUGGCAAUGUGGAAUAUGAUAGAAUUUCUUUUUAAUUGCCAUGUGUCCUUUCUUCUUUCUUUUCUUUCAAAUCAUAGAUGCCAAACAAAAAUGCCAUAGACACUACAUUUUCCCCAGAGGCUACAGCCUGAAACAGUGUUUUUUCAGGUUGGCUUUGUUUGUUUGUUUUUAUUUUUUGGUUUGGUUUGGUUUGUUUUUUUUUUAGUUAGUUUUUUAAAUAUUUUUGACCACAAUUUAAACAUUAUUUUUAUUGUAUAAAAAAAAUUCAUGUUGCCAAAUGUGGCUUUUUAUAAAACCAA